ACAAACGUCCUUGGGUGUGCAUCACUUCAAGCAAACAGAAAUGUGCCCUGCUGAGGGUGGGGUGCCUGGGUGGGGGUGGGGGCCCGAGAGCUCCGCAUCCAGCUGAGAGUGAAAUUCCUUGAGAAAACCCCCUUCCUGUCGCAGCACCCACAGCACUCAGCCUGUUCGCAGCCCAACGGCCUCUCCGAGAAUGCUCCAUUUAAAAGUGCAGUUUUUGGAUGAUUCCCAGAAGAUUUUUGUGGUUGAUCAAAAGUCACCUGGAAAGGCGCUGUUUAACCUGAGUUGCAGCCAUUUAAAUCUUGCUGAAAAGGAAUAUUUUGGAUUGGAAUUCUGCAGCCAUUCUGGAAAUAAUGUUUGGUUGGAACUUCUAAAGCCUAUAACAAAGCAAGUAAAAAAUCCUAAGGAGGUUGUUUUCAAAUUUAUGGUGAAAUUUUUCCCAGUGGACCCUGGACAUCUGCGAGAAGAACUAACAAGAUAUCUUUUUACUCUUCAAAUAAAGAAGGAUUUGGCUCUAGGAAGGCUUCCAUGCAGUGACAACUGUACAGCGUUGAUGGUAUCUCACAUCUUACAAUCAGAACUAGGAGACUUUCAGGAAGAAACAGAUAAGAAACAUCUGGCACAAACGCGGUACUUACCAAACCAAGACUGUUUAGAGAGCAAGAUACUGCACUUUCAUCAGAAACACAUCGGUAGGAGCCCAGCUGAAUCUGACAUUCUCCUACUGGACAUAGCAAGGAAGCUGGACAUGUAUGGCAUCAGGCCCCACCCCGCCAGUGAUGGUGAAGGGAUGCAGAUCCACCUGGCUGUUGCUCACAUGGGAGUACUGGUGUUACGGGGAAAUACAAAGAUCAAUACUUUUAACUGGGCUAAAAUCCGCAAGUUGAGCUUUAAAAGAAAGCAUUUUCUUAUCAAGCUUCAUGCCAACAUCUUGGUGUUGUGCAAGGACACCUUAGAGUUCACCAUGGCCAGCCGAGAUGCCUGCAAGGCUUUCUGGAAGACUUGUGUGGAGUACCAUGCUUUCUUCAGGCUUUCUGAAGAGCCCAAAUCAAAGCCCAAAACUUUACUCUGCAGCAAAGGGUCCAGUUUCCGCUACAGUGGAAGAACCCAAAGACAACUUUUGGAAUAUGGGAAAAAAGGGAGAUUGAAGAGCUUGCCAUUCGAAAGGAAACAUUACCCAUCUCAGUACCAUGAACGACAGUGCAGGUCGUCACCAGACCUCCUCUCGGAUGUGUCAAAACAAGUGGAAGAUUUGAGACUAGCAUAUGGCAGUGGGUGUUACCGAAAUGUGAAUGGCGUGCACGCAUCUGAACCUGUGCUAGACAGUAGGAGGAGGAACUCUGCAACGGACGUGACGUUUGCAGCCGAGCUGGAGCGUUCCAAACCAGAGGCAGAUCCCACAUUGUUGCCUCAGUCCCGAAGCAGCUCCUCUUUCCAUUUUAUGUAUACAGACCCUGUUUUUAACCCUGACCCUGAUCCUGAUCCUGAUCCUGACUUCUUUGAGGAGAAGAGUCCUCUAAGCUCUUUCCAAACAAGCUGUAAGUUUCGUAACAAUCACAUGAGUACAUCUUCUGGCCUCACGAGCACAGUGAGUCCAGCAAGGCAGCUCACUUACACAGAUGUGCCCUACAUUCCCUGCACUAGCCAGCAGGUUGAUAUUAUGCCCCCCCAAGUCUUUUUUUAUGUGGACAGGCCACCCCAGGUGCCCAGACGAUCUCCAAUCAUGGCAAAGGAAAGGGAAAGGCCAGACAGCUGUCUAGAGACCUCUGUAACAAAACCAGCUAAAAGAAGUCCAAGGAAUAUCAGAAUGAAGAGCUUUCAGCAAGACUUUCAAGAACUCCAAGAAGCUAUGGCCAGGACUAGUGGUAGGAGCAACAUAAAUGUAGAUCUGGAAGAGGAACCACCAACGUUGGAAGAUGCAUUUGCACAUAACCUUCAUGAGCAAACCCCUAAGCGAUCCCAGAGCCAAUCAGACAUGAAAACGAUCCGUUUUCCUUUUGGGUCAGAAUUUAGACCUUUAGGGCCUUGCCCUGCUCUGAGUCGUAAAGCUGACCUGUUCACGUGUAUGUUUGCACAGCAGGAGUUUCCCACAGUUCUGGUGGGUCAGAGUGCAGCAGAAAAAUAUGUGGCCAGUGAAUCCAGUGAUUCUGAAUCAGAGAUGCUUAACCCAGACUACUAUUCUUUGUACGGCAAAGGAAUAAAGUCACCCGUGGCCAGGAUCCGCUUGUCUUCUGGUAGUCUACAGCUAGAUGAGGAAGAUGAAGAUGCUUCUUUCAACCCAGCAGCUGCUGAAGACAGGACUUUGCUAAAAUCGUGUAAUUACUAUUUAGCUUAAAACUGUGAAUGCUAUGAACAUUUCUGGGCCAGUUCCACAUGACCACCAUAGGUUUAAAAAAAGAGAGAGAGACAGAAACCUCUUUGCAUAAGCCAUUUUCUUAGUUACUACUCAAUGGCAUUCAUUAAAGGAACCUUCUCAUUUUGGACACCUAGCUUAU